CCAGAGAGGAUAUAGACAGUGUGCCGGAUGUAGUAAGGAGCUUUGGUCAAUGAAGAAGAAAAGUUGAAAAUGGCGACUCCCAUGCAUAGAAUUAUUGCCCGAAGACAAGCGGAGGCCAACAAACAAAAUGUGCGGUGCCAGAAGUGUUUGGAAUUUGGUCACUGGACUUAUGAAUGCACUGGAAAACGCAAGUACCUUCACAGACCUUCAAGAACAGUGGAGAUGAAGAAGAAGCUGAAAGAAAAUGAAAAUAAGCAAAACAUGCCCCCUGGACCAGGAAAAGAGGGUCCAUUGGAAAAGAAGGCAAAAAAGAAGUCCAGUGACUCCAGCGACAGCAGCAGUGACUCGAACAGCUCCUCAGACGAGUCGUCUGACAGCAGUGAUUCUGAAAGCUCCUCCUCAGACGAGAGCGAUAGCAGCAGCAGUGACAGCGACAGCUCUUCGUCCUCCUCAUCGUCCUCUUCUUCAGACAGCUCAGACUCGGGAAGUAGCAGUCACUCUGACCAAGGGCCACCCAAGAAGAAGAAAAAGAAGAAAUAGAAGAGAAACAUGUUAACAUUUUUUUAAGACGUUUUUAUUCAUUCUGUUUUAUUUGAUCUUGUUGAUGGAUGAGCAGAUACUGUUGUAUGAUUGUAUGUUUUCCAGUCCCCUGAAUAUUUUCAGGGUGGGGAAUUUGCAUUGAUUAUUUUUUUGAGCUGGACAAAUACAGUUUUUUUCUUUUCUUUUUUCAUAUUUGGCUUAUUUAGUAGAACUGUCACCUCUCUGUAACAUCCUCCGAUGUCAAUUUUAAAGCGUGACUAUUUUCAGAAUGUUUAUUAUUGUACACAUUAUUUUUUUAGUCCUACAUCCACUCUACAGAAGACAUUUAAACAUUGCAUUUGCAUACCCAGUUGGCUUUGAAGAUCUUUUUUCGAAGACAUUUUUCAAUAAAGGGCAUGUUAGCAUU